UGGCUUACUACUGCACAGGCCGGGGGAGCGAGAAAUCAGAAUUAGGAAAGAAGAGGGAAUAAUUGAGCUUAAUUAGUAGUAUCUAUUACAAGUCCUUUUUCUUUGUUCCACCUUCUGGGUUAGCCUUGUCUGCUUGUAUAUCUUUUAAUAAUAUGUUGUCAUUAUUAAUUACUGGCAGGCUGUACUGGCCUGUACUUGGACUGUUAGUGCGGGCGGCAGUAGGAGGGGUAAUGCCCAUGUCAUGGGGCAUGGUUGUUGCUAACGAUCAUGAACUGCAACCUGCAGCAAGGAACAACUGUGUCCAGGAGAAUGAAUGUGGCUUCACUACUUACCCUAAGCUCUGCGCUGAGACCUUGUUAGGGCAUCCAAAUGUCCAUGACACGGUGUCUGCCCUGCUGGAAAAGACUAUAGAUGAGACCACCAAGCUCUCCACAGCUGCAAUCCUUCCAAACUACCAACUUGCUAAGAGCCUUAAAUCCCAGCAUCCUCAUCAUGGUCUUGCUAUGUCUAUAGGUUACUGUGUUGAGGUGAUGGACAUGUCUCUCAAACGACUGAACCAAUCCCUAAUAGCUCUGAGAAACUCGCGUAUCAAAAGCAAGCACGAUAUCCAAACAUGGCUGAGUGCUGUGCUAACCUUUCAGCAAGCUUGCAAAGACUCGGUGGAAUACUCGUCGUCGUCUUCUUCUUCUUUUUUUCUGUCGUCGACCGGGAGCUUAUCGGUGGGUAAAAUUUCGAAUAGCAUGGAGCACUUGUCUCGGUUGGCAAGUAACUCACUGGCGCUGGUCAAUCGCAUUUCCAGAAGCGGCCGACGCCUCUCUCAUCGUGUGGCUUCUCAUGAGACGACGACGACGACGACUAGCUCCCCAUCUUUGCCUUUGCAUUUCCCAAGCUGGGUAUCGCCCAAAGAUCGGGAACUACUACAGAGUGGAUCUGGGUCUGGUGGUGGUGGAGGGAUCAAAGCCAAUGCGGUGGUGGCAAAGGAUGGGACAGGUAAUUUUAUGAGCGUGCACGAAGCAAUCAAUGCAGCUACAGGGGGACGGUUCGUCAUCUACGUGAAGGCCGGGGUGUAUAAAGAGAAGAUCCGAACCAAGAAAAACGGCAUCACCUUGAUUGGUGAUGGCAAAUAUUCCACCAUUAUUGUCGGCAGCCAUAGCGUCUCUUCUGGCAGUUCUCUAUCACACACGCCCACAUUUGCAAUCAGUGGUGAUGGAUUCAUCGCAAGAGAUAUCGGAUUCCAAAAUACGGCGGGGCCGCAAGCGAAGCAAGCCGUGGCCCUAUAUGUCGCUUCGGAUCGAUCGGUGCUGUACAGGUGUAGUAUCUCUGGGUACCAAGACACGCUAUACGCGCUGGCCUUCCGCCAGUUCUACAGGGAGUGCGACAUUCUCGGCACAAUCGACUUCAUCUUCGGCAACGCCGCCGCUGUCUUUCAGAGGUGCAAUCUAGUCCUACGCCAACCUCACUCCGGAGGCUUCAACGUCAUCUUGGCCAAUGGCAGGAGCGACUCUGGCCAGAACACCGGCUUCUCCGUCCAGAGCUCCAGGAUCGUUCGUUCCGCCGAUUUCUCUGGGGGGCAUAAAGCUUACCUUGGGAGGCCUUGGAAGCAGUACUCGAGAUCGGUGGUGAUGCAGUCCAGCAUCGACGGUGCCAUAGACGCCAGAGGUUGGGUGGAGUGGUCGGGUGGGUUCGCCCUCAAGACUCUCUACUUUGCGGAGUACCAGAACUCUGGACCUGGCGCCAGGACUUCUCAGAGGGUGCAAUGGACUGGGUUUCACCUCAUCUCCGCUCCCGACGCACUUCAGUUUACGGUCGCCAAGUUCAUCGGAGGGGACUCUUGGUUGCCUUCUACUGGUGUCACUUACGUCUCCUGCCUUUAAUACGUCACAUGUAAUUAAUGUUCUUCAUUCCUCAUGUUCUGUUAGCUGCCCUGUAAGAAUUAUUGCUAGGGUUUUGUAUGAUUCUGCCCAUAUCCCCUAAAUAAGAUGGUGAUAUCAUGACUUGUAAAAAAAAGUUUGGCAUUCCGGCCACUACUUGGCUUCUAGCUUGUCUUUGUGUAAUUCAUGUAUGGCAUAUGUAAAGAACAGUUUUUAUUCAGAUAAAGGUACCGAUCAAAACAAUGAUAUCGGUGACAAUAA